AUGGUUGAGCGUCGAGAUGUUUCGUUUGGACCGUCGGAGGAGGCCCCACUUGCUAUCCAUGGUCAACUGGAGGUGUUGAAUGGCCUCAGUGGCAACCCCACGGGUGUUAUCCUCGACGGCCCGACCACGCCGACCGAGCUGGGCCGAAUGAUUCAGGCAGCUCUGGGGCAUCAUCCGAGCACACAGUCCCUCUUCAUCAACGACAGCACUGAGCCUUAUGAGGCAGCGGAAGGACAUCCCGAGCAUCCGAUCCUGUCCCUUCGCCUUGUACGUCGAAGGGCAGAUCUGGAGGCCAAGCUGAAGUUCAUGGAGCAGCUGAAGCUGGAUUUGUCAAGCAGUGGCGAGCUUGGUGAGGCCGUGGAUCAGCUGCAUCACGUGGAGAGGCUUACCACCGGGCUAGGUCACGGCACAGCGCGGGAUGGCCCCUGGCCGAUGCCUCGACCCGCACGUGAGCGAAUCCGGACUUCUCGCCCCCAGCUGCUAUCCUGGCUCGAAGAAGAUGACGUCUUUGUGCAGGACGUCCUCGUCAUGGUGGCCGCCUCUGACGCGUCGGCAGAACUGCAUGCCUGGGCCACACGAGCGCUGCUUUCGGGCGCCCAGAACCAAUUAGCUCCGAGGCCAGGCCUGUUAGCCCGACUUGCACGAGAUACGGAGCUGAAAACCCUCCCGUGGCUUCAAGAUUUCCUCUGGUUUGGAAGGAACGUCGACUUUCUCCUCCACUCAGCAGCCAAAUCUGCUGAAUCGUCUUGCAACGUCAGCUUAAAGCAAGCCCACGAAGAUGAGUUUGCGGAGCGGGAGUUGUUGAAGAUCUGUCUGGCACAUUGCGGCUGUGUGAUCCAAUUCACACGAUGGUCAGCAGAUGCCGAGAUGGUCCACCUCUCCCUUCAGAACGAUGUCAGGGCUUUUCGCUUUGCUUCAGAACGCAUCCGAGACGAUUUUGCGACCGCCCUGGCCGUAGUAGCUCGCAAUGGCAUGCUACUGGAGUUUGCCUCUACGAGAUUGCGAGCCGACCGAGCGCUGAUCAAGGCUGCUGUUUGCCAGAACGUCUUCGCCUUCCAAUUCGCCAGGCUCGAGACAGCCGAUCUGCGGACCUUUGCUGCCACAGAGGUCUUGAAGAAGCUGGGGGUGACAGGAGACAACGUAGCCCACGACGUUCGACAGCACGCCGCAGAGGCGUACAAGAUGUGCAGGACCUGCCCAUCUUUGCUUCAGGCGCUGCAAACACUUCUUCGAGAAGCGGACACCUCGGACGCCGGUUGGUUGAGAGAGUUCUGCCUCGAAGGCGUGAAGCAAGAGCCUUCCUUUUACAAGGCCCUCUCUGCGUCGGAGCAGCUAGACAUGGAGAUUGCCACGGCAGCCGUGCGGUUGGACCCAUGCCUCUUUCCGCACGACCUGCCCAAAGAAAUCAGGUCUUGUUUCAACAUCCAAGUCGCUGCAGUCGCGCAGAAUGUCAGUCUGAAGUAUUUUGUUUUGCCCUCUGACCGCGUCAUUGUCGAGAAGGCAGCCGCAGCUUGGGGGAAGGCUGGGUGA